AUGGAGACACAGAAUGAAAUUGUUCCUAAAAUUGCCAAGAUGACUGUCUCUGGAAAGAAACAAACCAUGGGAUUCGAUAUUCCAAGUGCAGCAUCUGAGGUGAAUGGGCAGGGUGUUCCUUUGCCUACAAAAGGCCAGCCUGUGGAAGACAUUGUGGAAGAACCUGAAAGCACCGUUCCAUUACCCAUACAAACAAACGCUUCACAAGCCUCUGAUGAACUUAAUGCCGCAUCCCAAGUAAAAAGUUCUGGAAAAUCCAAACACAAAAUUAAUGUUAAGGAAGAGCUAGAGAAGAGACAAGGAGGAAAACAGCUGCUAAACCUUGUUGUAAUAGGUCAUGUUGAUGCCGGGAAAAGCACACUUAUGGGUCAUCUAUUAUAUCUCUUGGGACAUGUGAACAAACGAACCAUGCACAAAUAUGAGCAGGAGUCCAAGAAAGCAGGAAAAGCUUCUUUUGCAUAUGCAUGGGUACUUGAUGAGACGGGUGAAGAAAGGCAAAGAGGAGUGACUAUGGAUGUAGGCAUGACCAAAUUUGAAACCAAGUCCAAAGUUAUUACUUUGAUGGAUGCUCCGGGGCACAAGGAUUUUAUCCCAAAUAUGAUUACUGGUGCUGCUCAAGCUGACGUGGCCGUUUUGGUUGUAGAUGCCAGCCGUGGGGAAUUUGAAGCAGGCUUUGAAGCUGGAGGACAGACACGUGAGCAUGCACUGCUGGUCCGCUCUCUUGGUGUAACACAGCUUGCAGUAGCGGUCAAUAAAAUGGAUCAGGUUAACUGGCAACAAGAUCGAUUUCGGGAAGUUACUAGUAAGCUUGGGCACUUUCUGAAACAAGCUGGAUUUAAGGAAAGCGAUGUGUCUUACAUUCCUACCAGUGGGCUCAGUGGAGAAAAUCUGGCCAAAAGUAGUCAAAUACCUGAUCUGACAAGUUGGUAUAAAGGACCGUGCCUUAUUGACCAAAUUGAUUGUUUUAAAGCCCCACAGCGUUCCACGGAUAAACCUUUUAGACUGUGUGCAUCAGAUGUUUUCAAAGACCAAGGCUCUGGAUUUUGUGUGACUGGCAAAAUAGAAGCUGGCUACAUACAAACAGGUGACCGCAUACUAGCCAUGCCACCUAAUGAAACAUGCACCAUAAAAGGAAUCACAUUACAUGAUGAAGCAGUCGAUUGGGCUGCGGCGGGAGAUCAAGUUAGUCUCACUUUGACCGGCAUGGAUAUCAUCAAAAUCAAUGUAGGAUACGUGUUUUGCAGUCAAAGUGAACCAAUUAAAGCUUGUACACGUUUUCGAGCCAGAGUUCUCAUCUUUAACUUUGAUGUCCCUAUAACCCAAGGUUUCCCUGUAAUCAUCCACUACCAAACUGUAAGUGAGCCUGCCACUAUCAGGAAGCUAAUCAGUGUCCUACACAAGAGCACAGGGGAGGUUGUAAAGAAAAAGCCAAAAUGUUUAACAAAAGGAAUGAAUGCUGUAAUAGAGCUCCAGACACAGAGACCUGUUGCUUUAGAAUUAUACAAAGACCUUAAAGAACUUGGGAGGUUCAUGUUGCGUUACAGUGGGUCAUCCAUAGCUGCUGGAGUUGUCACUGAGGUAACCCUUUUUGUAUUUCUUCAGUUGCUGGCUUUAAUUCCUACUGUAGAUCUAAAUCCAAACAUUUACAUUUCAUAUAAAUCUGAAUGUGAUUUCAAUAGUUUUAUAUAUGUUGCUUUCAUUAAUAUGAUACCAGGUGAGCAUGACAUGAAGGUCCUUGAUCAGGAACGUCUUGUUAUAGGGUGA